AUGACUCCUUUGGAAAAGAAUUGUGUUCCUUUGUCUUCCAGUAUUCACAUCAUAAGUUUACAGAAGUGGCAGCAACAUUACCACAGUGAUUUGAGCUGUCCUAUCUGUCUCCAAACUGCUAAUUUCCCUGUAGAAACCAACUGUGGACAUUUAUUUUGUGGUUACUGUCUGAUUGAAUACUGGAAGCAUGGGUCUUUGCUAAGAGCAAUCAGCUGCCCACUUUGCAGACAAAAAGUGGUUCUUCUGUACAACAUCUAUUCUGAAAACCAGUCUGACAAGCAAAGCAAGCAAACUUUCUGUGACAUCAGAGCUUACAACAAGUGCUUCUCGGGACAGCCCCAGUCUUUUAUAGAUCAUCUUCAUGAUGUGCCACUUCUUGUCCCUGUUAUCAUAAGAGGAAUCUUCACGCUAGCUGGCCUUGUGUGGAUCUUUUUCCUCAGAGUUGCCAUCUGUUCUUUUGGAACCAUCAUGUCCUUGACCUCUCCACUUGAAGUGAUGCCUGAACCUCUUUGUGGAAUCUUGCAGGCAGCUGAUAACUUAGCUGUUGUAAUCCUACUUUUGAUUAGCAUGAUAAACAUUUGCACUCAAAUGGAAUCAGAAGGUAUAAAUAUGACAACCUCUGGGGAACAAAACAUUACCUUGGAAUCAUAAUGGAUGGAAUCACUAUGUCUCUGUAAGGUUAAAACUAAUCAGGCUAUGAAACAUUUUCUCAAUCUCUGAAAGCAACAUAUAAUGGACUUAGUUUUAAAAAGUGAUUAAGGGUUGAUGUCUUGCGCUGAAGUGUAAGUGCAUGACAGAGAAUAUUUUGGCUGGAGGCUCUUUUGCUAAUAAUGGUCUAAAACCCAGUGAAGUCUCCAAGUCCUUAAACAGACAUUCUAUUUUAAAAUACAUUUUAGGCUAUCUUGUGGAAGACCCAAUAAUUGGUAAAUUCCUGAUUAGGACAUUGAUGAUGGUAGCUGGGAGCAGGCAUAGGAAUUAGGAAACAGAAGGUACUGAGAAAAUGAGGAGCUGGCAGAGAGGUUCACAAGCCAUGCAGAGGAG